AUGUCGCCCCCUUCCCUGGUUGAUGGAUGACAAGGCCCGCGAUGUGCGCAUCGAGGUAGGUAGAAGAGAGAGAGAUAUAGGUGGCUCUUCUCGAAUACAUCUUCCCCUACCCACUAUACCUUGAUGAUAUUUCAGAUUCAGCAUCAAGAAUAGGAAGUAUUCCCAGCAACAACAAUGUCGCUCGAGAUCCAAACACCGUACGGAACGGCGCUGCCGCCCGCACCAAGGCACGCCAUCACCGUCCAUCUCCCCCAGUGGCAAUCGAUCGUGCGCUUCCGGGACCACGACCCGGAGCUGUUCAAGGCGCUCAAGAGCAUGUACCCGCGCUUCAUCCUGCACAAGGACGUCCUGGAGCUCACCGAGAAGAUCACCGAGUUCGCCGGCGUCGCGGGACAAGGCUGCUUUCUGUUCCCCUCCCUGCAAGCCGCGCGCGAUUGCAAGGAAUAUGCAACCUCUCCGCGCAGGGGAGAGGGGACGAUCCCGCGCGACAAGGUCUCGAUCCGGAUCUUCAGGACGCAUCGCCCGCUGCUGUACGCGGUCAUUUUCCCCGCCGAGUCCACGGGCACGGUGCACGGCUUCUGGGUCAACGCGGGCGUCGGCAUCUCCUCGCGCCUGGCGGAAGACUGCCUCCAGCAUAUCAGCUCGCUGCGAGAAGUCCCGGAGGGAGGAGAGGAUGAAGAACCCACCACUGACACGACGGCGACUGACGAUGCCGCUCGUCAACAGGUCAAGGAAAGGAUAGCAGGGCUGAUGAACCGGGCUCCGACCGACCCGCGACGCACGGCGCGAGUGUCGCCCACUGACGUCCACUUGUUCUCGACCGGCAUGGCCUCGAUAUACUGGGUCCACCGCUACUUGCUGAGCAGGUACGACUCGCCGUCCGUCCUGUUCGGCUUCUCGUUCCACUCGACGAUCCAUGUGCUCGAGGACUUUGGGCCCGGCGUCGAGUUCCUGGGCCUGGGGUCGGGCCAGGACCUCGACCGGCUCGAGGAACACCUCGUGACGCAACGGGACCAGGGGAAGACAGUGCAGGCGAUCUGGGCCGAGUUCCCCUCCAAUCCGCUGCUGAGCACGCCGGACCUGGGCCGGCUCAGACGCCUGGCCGACGAAUACGGCGCGCUGCUUGUCCUGGACGACACGGUCGGGAGCUUCUGCAACGUCGAUGUCCUCGACGUCGCCGACAUUGUCGUCACUUCCCUGACAAAAUCGUUCAGCGGGUACGCGGACGUCAUGGCCGGCAGCGCCGUCCUCAGCCCUCUGUCCGCACGGUACGCGGAGCUCAAGGCGUUGUUCGACGCGGAGCACCACGACGACUUGCACGUCCGCGACGCCGAGACGCUGGAGCACAACAGCCGAGACUACCUCGACCGCUCCGCCGUGCUGAACCGCAACGCCGAGAAACUGGUCGAGUACCUCCAGAGUAAGGCGCUGGAUCCCACCAGCAGCGUCACAGACGUCUUCUACCCGACCGUCAACCACGACACGCUUCCCAACUACACGCCCUAUAUGCGCAAAGCGACCCCUGAAUUCCCCCAUCCCGGGUAUGGGUGCCUCCUGAGCGUGGAAUUCCGCGACAUCGAGGCCACGAUCGCGUUCUACGACAACCUCCACGUCCACAAGGGUCCGCAUCUAGGGGCGCACCUGACACUGGCGUUGCCAUACUCGCUCGGCGUGUACGGGAACGAGGCCGACUGGGCGAGCGGGUACAAUGUCAGGCAGGAACAGGUGCGGAUUUCCGUGGGGUUGGAGGAGACGGAGGAGCUGGUCGACAAGUUCAGAUGGGCGGUGGAGGCGGCUGAUGGGCUCGGUAGGAGGAGCGUGGACUUGAAGAACUGAAUGCCCAAGGGGAAAAAAUUUCCGGUUCUGUAUGGAGCAUACCGAAACAUACAUAAGCCAUUGUCAACGUGAGAUAUCG